GAAUAAAAAGAGGAUGAAGGGGAAUAAAGUUCCGACUGCGACUGCGUGAAUGAGUGCGUGGGUUCGUGCUGCUGAGGACUGCGUGGAACUGUGGAUUAAAGUCCAGGAACAUGGUGAACGUCUGAGGACCGUCGUGGACCCGAGAGUGAAGAGAAGGAAGCCAGUAUGGAGCAGGAUGACUUCCCUCCGCCUCCUCCUGACCUAUUAGAUGAAGACGAGGAUGGUGAGGAAGGUGAACGGUUUAAAUUUGAUGAUGAAGAUGAUGAAGCAUCUGAAGCUGGACCCCCUCCACCGAUCCCCCCUCUACCAGAUUACAACACUCCACACCAGCAGGGGGCAUCAGAGACAGCUGCUUCAGAAAGUGGGCAUAAUCCGGGCACUAAUCUACCCCCUCCACCCCAGAAUGGUCCUGAUGUCGCCCCCCUGAGUGACUUUCCUCCCCCUCCUGAGGAGGAGCAGAUUCAGGACGGUGAUGGACUGGACAGAGAGCUCCCCCCACCUCCUCCACAUGGAAGCGCUGUGACCCAACCUAAGGUCAGCCCGUACUCAGUGAUCGACAUCUCCCCCGACAGCCCGCCCCCCUUAUCCCCUCCCUCUAAUGGUAACGAAGGCGAUGCCCCAGAAGUACCCAGCAGCCCCGGCGUGCACUCGGGGUACUCCGUUCCUGUUCCCUGCGGAUACGCCACCCCUUCAAACGUGCCCAUCAUUUCACCCGCCUACACCACGCCCGUCAUCGUCCGCCACUUCUCCGUGGACGAAGAAGUGACCGUGGUGCAGACGGGACAUUUAUUCACUGAUGGAGUCUUCAGUGAAGAACAUCCGCCUAUAAGAGAGGAAGACGCCCUGGCUAAGUGGGUCGCCGACCCGGCUAACACGGCCUGGAUGGAAAGUCCUGAUGAAGUGAUUUACGACGAUGUUCCUCGAGAGAAUUCGGGCUCCACUACAGAUGUGGACGAGAUGAUCUACGAUGACGUGGAGUUCGGUGAGCUGGGUGAAGGCAGCUCAGUGGAGAACGGUUGGAGCUCCAGUGAGUUCGAGAGUUACGACGAGGACAGCGAUGGAGACGGGCACGGGGAGAACGGCAUCCUGCCCACCGCCUUCAUCCGCCGGCACACGCCCAGCACCAAAACACAAGUAACACAACUCUCUCAGGAUCUGACUCGUUUGAAAGAGCACUAUGAGAAAAAGGUGAAAGAUCUGAUGGUGAACACGGUGGGAACCGUCGAGCUGCAGCAGCUCAGACACAAACAUGAACAGAAGGUGCAGAAGCUGGUGAGGGCAGCUAAGCAUGGCACCAAAGACGGCCUGGAGAAAACCAAAGCUGCGGUGAAGAAGGGCAAGUCCUUCAUCCGAACCAAGUCGUUCGGCCACGAGAGGAAGUCGCCGUGUUUCGAGGACGACUCGUCCGAGCUCUUCAUCGAGGUGGAGUGUUUAAACGUGGAGCCGGUGUUGGGCCCCGCACCUGAGGGCCUCUCUCAACAAGAGAAGGUGAGACGAUGUAUUCUGGAGUCGAUAUUAGAGAGUGAGAAGAAUUACCUGGCAGCGCUGAGGAGAAUUUUAGACCACUACGAGAAGCCGUUGUCGGAGAUGGAGCCGCGCUUGCUGAGCGAGAGGAAGUGUAAGGUGGUGUUUUACCGGGUGCGAGAGAUCCUGCAGUGCCACGCCAUCUUCCAGAUCGCCCUCGCCAGCCGGGUGGCCGACUGGGACCAGCUACAGACCAUCGGGGACGUAUUCGUGGCCUCUUUCUCCAAGUCGAUGGUGCUGGAUGCGUACAGUGAAUACGUGAAUCACUUCAGUACAGCCAUGGCAGUGGUGAGGAAAAGCUGCGCAGCCAAACCUGGAUUCCUGGAGUUCCUCAAGCAGCGGCAGGAGAACAGCCGGGACCGGGUCACGCUGUACAGCCUGAUGAUGAAACCUAUACAGAGAUUCCCUCAGUUCAUUCUGCUGCUGCAGGACAUGCUGAAGAACACGCCGGUGGGUCACGCCGAUCGGUUAGCCCUGCAGAUGGCCCUCACCGAGCUGGAGACUCUGGCUGAGAAGCUGAACGAGAGGAAGCGGGAGGCCGACCAGCGCUCCGAGAUCAGACACAUCGCCAAAGCCAUGAACGAGCGCUACCUCAACAAGCUGUUGAGCGGCGGCAGCAGGUAUCUGAUCCGGUCGGACGACGUGGUGGAGACGGUCUUCAACGAGCGCGGCGAGAUCGUCAAAACCAAAGAGAGGCGACUGUUCCUGCUCAACGAUGUCCUCAUGUGUGCCACGCCCAAUCUACGCUCUCCUCAGGAUGGUGGAGGCGCGCUGGUUCCUUCAGGUCAGCGCUUCCUCCUGAAGUGGAGCGUCCCUCUCAGUCUGGUGGAGCCGGUGGAGUUCGGCUCCUCGGAGGAGGUGCGAGACUCCGCCCCCUUUCCCGCGCCUCACUCCGGCGAGAAGGUGGUCGUCAACGCCAAACCCAAUAAACUGUACGUGGGUCCGGGGCAGCUGUAUCAGGAUCUUCAGAACCUGGUCCACGAUCUCAGCCUGGUCAACCAGAUCUCCACCAUGAUCCACAGCUUAAAGGGAAACUACCAGAAUGUGAACAGUGCGGUCGCUCAGGACUGGAUUACGGGACUUCAGCGCCUCAUCGUGAAGAAGGAGGAGGAGAUCAGAGCCGCCGACCGCUGCCGCAUCCAACUCCAGUUACCCGGGAAACAGGACAAGUCGGGCAGACCCACGUUCUUCACGGCCGUCUUCAACACCAUGAGCCCGUCCAUCAAGCAGGCCUGGAUCAGCAACCUACAGAUGGCCAAGCUGGCUCUCGAGGAACAUAACGUGCAGGGCUGGUCCGUCUCUGAGGACGACGGGACUCAGAUAAGGAAACAGAAACAUCCUCUGCUGCUGAAACACAUGCCGGUGCUCAUGUCCCGCCACCAGGAGUUCAAGGUGGAGUGUGCCGUUCAUAACCCAGAGCCGCAUGUUAACAGUGAGAGCACAGCGGACGUGCCGGCGGUGGGACACGGCUGCGUCUGGGUGGCGAGCUGCACCAAUCAGAUGGCUCAGAUCGCCGUGGUGGCCAUGCAGAACUCCAGUCCCAAAGUGACCGAGUGUUUCAACGUGGAGUCUCGGAUCCUCUGUAUGACCUACGUACCCGCCGACGAGCCCCCGGAGGACGUGGCGGGAAACCCCCAACCCAGGAGCUGCAACACGCCCACCGUCUGUGUGGGCAUGGAGGAGGGCAGUGUGUGCGUGUAUAAGAGCAGCCAGCGAUCGAAGAAGGUUCGACUGCAGCACUUCUUUUCCCCUGAGAAAGCCGCCGUGACGUGUCUGGUGUAUAAGAGUCCGUUUCUCUACGUCGGUUUGGUCAGCGGCUCCCUCGCCGUCUACUCCCGAACGCCAGAAGGAUCAUGGGAUACCUCCAGCGUGAGGGUUCUGAAGCUGGGCGUGUUACCUGUGAAGACACUUCUGGCUGUCGGGGAGACAGUCUGGGCCUCGUCUGGGGGACACGUCUCCAUCAUCAAUACUCACACUCACGCCACAGAACACCAGUUGGAAGCGCAUCAGGAGGAGGGCAUGGUCGUGUCCCACAUGGUGGUGGCCGGAGUGGGUAUCUGGAUCGCCUUCAGCUCGGGCUCCACGCUGCGCCUGUUCCACACCGAAACGCUGGAGCACCUGCAGGACAUCAACGUGGCCACGCCCGUCCACAACGUCCUCUCAGGUCAGCAGAGGGUCUUGGUGAGCAGUCUGCUGGUGUGUCAUGGUUUGUUACUGGUGGGGACGAAUCUCGGGGUGACGGUGGCUCUGAGCGUACCCCGACUACAGGGAAUACCCAAAGUUACAGGACGAGGCAUGGUCUCCUUCCACGCCCAUCACGGCCCUGUGAAGUUCCUCACCAUGGCGUCGGCCGUACACAACACCGUACCCACCUCGCCCAGUCAGCCCGCCCCUCCUCCAGAAGACGACGAAACCCCGGGCGCUCCUUUAACCGAGGGUGGAGCGUCGGGGGACAGCGUCCACCCCGUACCGGCUCGGCAGGACUCGCUCUCGUCCUCGCGCAGUUCUCUGGAGCAUGGUCCUGAGGACAGCGCCAUCUACGACCUCCUCACCGACCCGGCGCGUUCCCACGGCGACAAGAGGGCGCGGCGGGUCGAUGUGAGCUCGCUGCUGGUGCUGUCCGGCGGCCCGGGUCACCGGAGGAUCAACCGGAAGAGCAAAGCCACGCGGCACGAGGAGAGCGUGCCCACCGUGAUGGUGUGGCAGAUCCCUGUGCAGGGCGUGUGAUGCAGGUUCAGAGACGUCGGUAUUAAACAGACUGAUGGUUUUGUCGUCCCGCUCUGUCUGGACGUUCGGCUGAGAGAAUCGAUCGGCGCUCGUUCUCGAUCCAGCAGAGCGGACAGGACGUCAGCGGCGUGACCACCGAGUCCGUGGACGUUACUCGAGGUGCCUUUUUUUAAAAUGGGAAUCGAAACAUCGCAAUAGGACAGAGACUUUCUAUUUUUGUUUUGUUUUUGUGAAACCUGUAAAAGCUGAAACCUGCUGACUGAGCUAACACUGCUAACACCGCUAACACCCAACGCUUUCGUGUGCCUUAGCCGCCGAGUUCAAAACGGGGCGGAGAAGAAUCACACUUCCACCGAAUAGUGGCUUAAGGAUGCACAGCUCAUUAUUUAACACAUACAUAUUUACAUUUUUGUCCAUGGACUUGAAGGGUAAGGGCCUUGCUGAAGGGCCCAACAAUGGCAAUCUGGCAGUGGUGGAGUGUGAACCAUCGACCUUCUGCUUACUAGUCCACUUUAACCACUAGGCUACAGUUGCUAUUAAGACACAUUGUCAUACACUAUAUGGACAGAAGUAUUGGGACAGUAAAUUGGGAGAAUACGCUAGCAUACCAGAGCUGGGAUUUCGAAUACAUCAUAUUGAAUCUCAGCUCUGCCAUCCGGCUGGACUGGGCGGCCACAUGAACAGCGAUUGGACCAGGGUUUCUAUAAACAUAAAUGGUGCAAUUGCGACCUCUUCUGGCUGAUUGGGGAAUAAUGCCGAUCAGGGUGUGGCUCUCCGUGCACAAGGCUGAUCUGCAUAUGAACUCACCUCGUGCAGGUGAAAAGAGGCAGUCGGAGGGGGCGUGUGUCAGUCUCGCUCUCCUCAGUCAGCAGUGGAGGGUUGUAUCGGUAGAGGUGCAGCGUAACGCAAUCGGGGUAAUUAGAUACGACUAAAUUAGGGGAGAAAAUUGGGGGGGAAAGCCAGAUUGUAAAACAGAAUGCAGACGAAUUGUUGGGAUACAGAAGAUGGAACACGGCUGGUCUGGCAAAAUCAUUUGUUUAUUGUUUGUUUGUUUGUUUGUUUGACUAAACUAACCAACAUUUAAAUGAAUUAAUCCUCAUCAGUCCAAUAAUAAUAAUAAUAAUAAUAUUGUUAUAAUAUUGUUAUAAUUAUUAUUAUUCAUCAUUCAGUGGUUUCAUCACUAUUGUAUUAUUUAUAACAUCAUAAACAGAGACGGCGAUACCAAAGGUGGAACUGGUGUGACUGGUGAGGAACUGGACUGCUGAUCGUUGCUCUAUAGGAGAGAUUAGGUUUAGGGUUGUAUAGGAUCGUAUAGGAUUGCGCGUGGGAGCGUUCAGGAUUUCUGGCUGGCCAGACUUCCUGUUACCGCUAAAUCAACGUUACUGUUUUACUGUCUGACACUAGCGUGGCGUAUCCUGUUCCUAAAUGAAUAAGCCAGAUGGGUGUUCAAUACAAAAAACCUUUUAUAAGAUGUUUAAUUAUUCGAUUUUUAACAACAACUUAAUACGUUUGUCCACGUUUUAUUUUACAUUUCAAUUUAUAAAGUGUAUCAUUUUUCUACCUUUUCUACUCAAAAUUAUGAGGUUUUU